AUGAAGCAGCUGCGCGCGCUCCAGCGCGACGGGCCCGCGGUGGACCCCGAGGAGCUCAGCGACGCGGAGCCGCCGGUGAGCGGCCCCAUCGGCUUCUCCGCCCUGGCCGUGUCCUCGGGCUCCGAGCUCGAGGAGGGCGGGAUGCCGAAAGCCGCCGAGCCCGCACCCCAAGGCAGCAAGGGGAAGAAGAAGAAGAAGAAGGGCAAGAAGCAGGACUCCAAGGGCGCCGGGUAUCCGGACGUCGAUGACGACGACAAGCUCCUCGACGCGGCCGUCGCCGAGGCUGCUGCCUCGGUGGCAGCAGGGGAGCCGGAGCCGCAGGGGACCUGCGUCCUGUCCAUGUCCAAGACCUUCUUCAGCGCGGACCGCGAGCGCCAGCGCCUCUUCGGCAAGCUGAAGGUGCCCAGGGCCAAGGCGGAGGGCCGGAAAUCAGCGACGAAGAGCCGCGGAGUGCACGAGGGAUACUUCGCUCACUACCGGCGGCUCUUCCUCGUAGAGCCCUCCCCAGAGGAGGCCUGGCCGCGCCCGGGUGAGUGCGCGCAGAUGCUGGCGCGGGAAGGCGCCGACCCUCUGUUUUCGGUGACCGGGACCCCCGAGUACGACGUCACAAAGGUGGAGUUUGGAGGGGUUGCGAUGUUGCAGGAUCCCGAGGAGGUGAACGCCUUCAUCUUGGAGCAUCCCUUCUGCGUCGAGGCGCUCUUUGUGCUCUCCGACAUCUGCCGACAGUCAGGGCAGCAUCAGGACGCCUUUCAGCUCCUGCGCACUGCGGCGUACGCCGUGGAGUGUAGCUUCCAUGGCUCCUUCUCGCCCUUUGCCGAGGCGAGCAUCGCGGUCCAGCGCGACGGCCGAGAGGUCUCUGUCAGCUGGCCGAGGGUGCGCCUGCAUCUUGAUGACGAGGAGGCAAGUUGGCCAGGCUGGUCUUGGCUGGCGGUUCUUUGGGCCUACAUGUUGAGCCUGGCGACGCAGGGCUUGCCGCGCACGGCCCUGGAAGUCUGUAAGCUUCUCCUGGCCAUGACGCUCCCUCGUGAUCCCCUGCACGCGCUGGUUCACCUGGACUUUCUCUGCUUGCGCGCCCAAGAGUAUGCUCUGCUGGUUGACAUUGCGGAAGGCUUCGACUUGCCUUGCUCGGUUGCAGGCCAGACCAUCCUUCGCUUAGACUGUGCAAUGCCCAACUUUGCCUAUGCAACUGCGCUGGCUCUGCACUUUUUGAAGUCCGGGGGACGGCAGGUCACACGGGACACCGACGAAGCGGCCGCCAUCAGCACGGUUUCGGUGGAGGACCUCACACAGCCUUGCUGGAGCCGGCAAGAGCGUUCAGAAGACGGCCCCUCGAGACCCCACGUCGCAUUGAUGCGUGCCAUGCUGCUGUUUCCUAGGACGCUGCGCCCGAUCCUGCAGGCACUGAGCGUGUCGCUGGGAGCGGCUCCCGGUGGCUCGCCCUACAGCGCCUCCUGGCAGCAGUUCCUGGAGAAGAGCCCUUUCGCGCCUCACACGCACAUUGUGCACCAGCACUCCCGAAUUCACGGCUUGGUCUCGGAAGCCUUCGUCCACCGCUGCGCGGCGCUCUUCCGGGGUGAGGGAACCCUUCGGUGGCUUCACGCCUGCGCUGGGCGCUUGACCCAGAUGUGUGAGUCCUCCCUCUUUGAGAAGGAGCUGCUGCAGGCCCGGAAGACGUGGAGCGAGGCACCGGUCGGGUUGGGCGACGCCCUGAGCAAGGACUACCACGAGUUCAACACCCUGGAAGUCGAAGCCGAGCGGAAGCCGCCCGUGGCCCUGGAGCGCGCCGUCAACAGCUGGGUCCGGGUCGGGGGCGCCCCGGCCCUUCCCCUCCUGGAGGAGGAGUCCGAGGAGUCCCAGUUGCAGCGCGCGCUGCGCCUGUCGCAGGCGCAGGUCGAGGCCUCGGAGCGCCGGAGGCUCGUGGAGGAGCAGGAUGCGGAGUUCCAAGCCGGCCUGGCUGCGGACAGGGCCCGGGAGGCCGGGGAGGCGGUGGAUGUGGCGCCGGGCCCCCGCGACGCCGAGGCCGACGCCCCCGACGCCCUUGGGCAACUGGAAGCCAUGGGCUUUCCAACCGAAGCUGCCAGGGAGGCGUUGCAGAAGGCCAGUGGCGACAUCGCCGAAGCCGUCGGUCUUCUGACCGGCUAA